AUGCUCUCACUCAUCGUAUCCUUUCUUCUCAUUUUCUCAACCCUGCUUGUUAGCAAAUCAAAGCAUAUUUUACGUGAAAGAACAUAAAAAAUGGCAACGAUGGUUAGAAAUUCUUUGUCAUUGUUAGCAAGUAGAGCUGCUGUUGUGGUGAUGGUGUUGCUUUUUAGCAGUGCAUGCCAGGCACAGCUUUCUUCUACAUUUUAUGAAAAUAAAUGCCCCAAUGCACUGAGUACCAUUCGCACGGCCAUCAGAACCGCCAUUGCAAGAGAGCGUAGAAUGGCUGCAUCUCUAAUUCGCCUUCAUUUCCAUGAUUGCUUUGUUCAGGGAUGUGAUGCCUCAAUCUUACUAGACGAUGCCCCCUUAAUCAAAAGUGAAAAGAAUGCACUGCAAAAUAAAGACUCUGCAAGAGGUUACGAAGUCAUUGACAAGGCAAAAUCUGAUGUGGAGAAGAUAUGUCCUGGAGUUGUAUCUUGUGCAGACAUUCUUGCAGUUGCAGCCAGGGAUGCAUCCGAAUACGUAGGUGGCCCAUCUUGGACAGUGAAGCUUGGGAGAAGAGAUUCUACCACUGCAAGCGUAAGUUUGGCUGCCAGUCAACUUCCUCUUUUCACAGCCAGCCUUCGAAGCCUUAUCGAUCUCUUUGGAAGCAAGGGGCUUAGUGCAAGAGACAUGGUUGCUUUGUCAGGUUCCCAUACCAUAGGACAAGCUCAAUGCGUUACAUUCAGGAACAGGAUAUACAACAAUGCAAGUGACAUCGAUGCUGGAUUUGCUAGCACACGCAGGCGCCGUUGCCCAGCCACUUUUGGCAAUGGCGAUGGCAAUUUGGCAGCACUUGAUCUGGUUACGCCCAAUUCCUUUGACAACAACUACUUCAAGAACCUAAUGCAAAAGAAGGGUCUUUUGGAGUCAGAUCAAGUCCUUUUUAGCGGUGGAUCUACAGAUAACAUAGUCUCAGAAUACAGCAGAAACCCUUCUACUUUCAAGUCUGAUUUUGCAACUGCCAUGAUCAAAAUGGGAGACAUUGAACCUCUAACAGGUUCUGCUGGGAUAAUAAGGAGGAUUUGUAGUGCUGUCAACUAGUUGAUGCAUCUGCACCUUUGUUUGGUUGAUUGUUUCCUUUUUUUUCUUUUAAUUAUUUAUUUAUUCCUUUAAUUAUUUCAACUGUAAAGUAGUAG